AUGCGUUUUCAUAACACUUUGUUUGUGGGAGUUACCACUUUCUUUUCUCUAUGCGCAGCUAUUACACCACCAGGUUUAAAUUUAGUCAAUUCGACUGACCUAGGUUUGGAAUCCCUUGAUCCGGCAAUAUAUGCCCAAAUUUUAGAGCUUGGCGGGCAGUUCGGAGGCGUUGAUAAGUGUCAAUUGGCAUGUAAAAUUCUCUCCAUCCUCUCUCCCACCAAACUCACAACCCCGUCGUCUCCAUCCUACAUACCCCUCCCAUAUUGGUCAGUUCAACAAGCCGAAGUCGUACCGAGCUGUCGUUUCGAUGUCACAAUUCCUCAAGAUAUCUCUACAACUAUCAAAAUUUCUCAAUUGACGGAUUGUCCUUUUGCUGUGAGAAGCGGGGGACAUGCAUCAUUUGCUGGAGCAUCAAGUAUAAAAAAUGGUAUCUUAGUCAAUUUGCAAAAAUUAAAUACAGUUCAAUUGAAUGCAGACAGAGGAACAGUAAGUAUCGGACCUGGAAAUACAUGGUAUGAUGUCUAUCAGGUGUUAGAUCCAUUGGGAAUAAGCGUAGUCGGAGGAAGGGAAGCUGGAGUUGGAGUUGGAGGACUCACACUUGGAGGUGGAAUAUCUUAUUUCUCUGGCAGAUACGGAUGGGCCUGCGAUAACAUUCUCAAUUACGAAGUUGUUCUCGCAGACGGCAGUAUUGUCAAUGCAUCUGCAACAUCACAUCCAGAUCUAUACCAAGCCCUUCGUGGUGGAUCCGGUACGAACUUCGGGAUAGUAACGAGGUUCGACGCAUUUGCAUUUGAACAAGGACUUCUAUGGGGAGGAUCAAGAUUUUACAGUUUGGCUUCCAAUGCUUCACUCUCAGAUGUGUUUUCGCAGUUUAUUGUUGAUGCACCGACUGAUGAGGAUGCCCAUCUAUAUAUUGGUUGCGGAUAUGUACCGAGUUUGGGAGGGUUUGUGACGUUGAGUGGUCCCGUGUAUGCAAGACCGGUAGCAAAUGCGACAAUUUUUAAUGCGCUGAACGAUAUUGUAAGUUUAGGAGAUGCGACGGGAGUAGCGAGUAUGGUGGAGUUGUCGGUGCAACUUAAUCAGACGGCUUUUUUGAGAGAAGCAUGGAAAACAGUUACUUUCAAAAAUAACGCCACUCUUUUCAAAAAGAUUCAUGAAAUCUUUGUGGAAGAGGCAAACCUGAUCGUAGACGUUCCGGGAAUUAUGCCAUUCAUGGCACUUCAGCCUCUUUCACUUAAUAUCAUUGUACAAAUGCAGAAGAGGGGUGGGAACAUAUUGGGCUUAGAGACGGAAGAAGGUCCGCUUAGCAUAAUGAACCUUAAUUGGGGAUGGGAAAAUGAAGAAGAUGACGAGAAAGUUUUCACGGCAUUGAAUCGAUUUGUAGAAAGAAUUGUUGAUUUGGCAAAAGAAUGGGGACUUGACAAUCAGUUUAUUUAUAUGAAUUAUGCGAGUAAAGAACAAGACGUUUUUGGUGGCUAUGGAGAGGUUAACGAGAAGAAGCUCAGGGAUAUACAAAGGAAGUAUGAUCCCGAGGGAGUUUUUAAAAGGCUGCAGCCGGGGUAUUUCCAACUUUGA